CAUGAUGGGUUAGCACAAAUGUUAGGUUUUGAACCUAUGGAAAUUACAUCUACAGAUGAUAGUUCCGAAACUGUUGUAGAAAGUCCUUUUGCAGCCGACCCCUGUGCACAUUAUCGUGUAUUAAUGAUAUAUACGGAUAUUGUAGAACCUCAAAUCGUAGGAGAUGUUUUAGCUCCUCUUCUUCGAAUUGUAAGAGUAACUGGUAGCGAUGGAGAAGUGGUGAGUGCACUAUUUGAUAGACCUCAUUAUUUACCUGUGAAUCGGAAAAUGAUAGACACUUUGGAAAUCGAUAUAAGAACGCAUAUGGGAGCAUUUACGCCAUUUGAACGAGGAAGGUCAUACGUGAAACUUCAUUGUUAAAUGAUGUAUCACAAGGACAAGAUGUAAAAGAGGCUGCUAAGCGUCGACUGAAAGAAGCCGGAAAUAUAUUAACGGAUAAAGCUGCUACUAAAGUGAAGAACAUGAUUGGUUCUGGACGAGUCAAUAAAAAGCAGAAACGUAGGAAAAAGCGUACCAUUUCUCACCGAUCAAAGAAGGUGAAAGCACAGGAUAUUUUCUCUUAA